GGUGGGGGAGGUGCUGGCGGUGGUUGGGCUGGCUGAACGCUGCAAACAAUCGAGAUGGAGGAAAGAGCAAGGGAGGAAGGAACGACUUUUCAGAACUUCUCGCAAGACUCCCGCAAAGAGUCAGGGAAAAUCGCCGCUUCCAAUCUCAACGAUGAUGAGCUGCGUUGCCAUGGCGAGGACCUUGGAAGCAGAGCGUGCAUCAUGCCUUCGUAGGGCUAAAGAUCAACACAACAAAGGCCGGGAAGGAGACAGCCGCACGCCAAGGCCAAGACCACGCGCCACCACUAGCAGUCCCAAAAUAGCCACCCGACGCCACGCCUCUCGCACUCGCCUCAGGGUCCAACGCGCUUUGACAUCACCGCUCCAACCACCCCUCCUCCCUCACACAAAGCGUUGCACGGCACCAGGAACCGCCAGCAACCGCGCUCGCGGCAAAACACUUGCUCCAGUCCUCCGCAACGCUUCCUGCCACACACAGCCUAUUCUUGGGGCUUUACUCGGCUGCAGGUUUCGGAGGCUGUCGCGCGUUGCGCUGAAUGGAGCGCUGACGACGCCUGAAACUGCGGAGGGGCUGUGCUGGUGACUGAAGCGUUGCGCGUGCGGCUCCACCAUGGACCUGCCACCACCGCCAACGCUUGACGCCGCUGGUCUGGAUUACUCCGGUGGGUGGGCUGAGCGAGCUGGUAUAAUACUGUGCGGCGCUGCUGUUUCCUUUGAAUCUAUUUCGCGCUCUCUUUGAAAG